GCAACGAUGUCGUCAUCACACUAGUAACGUUGGUAGUAUUCGCAAAACAUUGACUGCCAACACCCAUGCUGUUCUAGAUCAUUUCUUUGCCUUUGAUAACCUGUUCUCAGUCUUUUGCUUGGUGUGAGGAAGCUACGAGCCCACAUAGAUGACCCUGGGGACCAUGAACCAUGAUACCAACAAAGAGGACCUCAUACAGCUAGAGCCACUUGUGCACCAAGUUGGAGGUCAUUCAUCCAUGUUUGUGUUGGAUGACACAACUUUAUGCAAACCACUGAUUGGGAGAGAAUACAGAUUUUACCGCACACUUCCCCCGGAAGUAAAGAAGUACACCCCACAGUUUCACGGUACAUUGCAAGUGGUCCUUCAAGAAGCAGGGGAUGGUUUGUCUCUGGCUGCGCUACCCAAUGAACAAAUGCCUUCAGCGAGAAGUAACCAAGCGGCGCUGAAGCAAGGAAGAUGUCUCAGGCGCAUUAGUUCCAGUAGUGUUGAACUAGAAAGUGAUGAAGAGGAUGAGCACCCAGUCACCCCACCAACAUCACCCAACAGUGCCUGCAGUGCGGCCACCAACACCAGAACCUCAGCAGAUGAAAAUUUAUCAUCUCUUACUCAUCCAGACACACACAAUCCUUGGCUACAGCAAUGCCACCAGACAACACUGCACAAACUGAAACAAAAGUCUGAUUCUUCUAAUGUUGUAGAAUGUAUAAUGCUGGAGAACCUCACCUUCAAGUUCAGAUAUCCAUGUGUUCUUGAUCUGAAGAUGGGGACAAGACAAUAUGGGGAUGACGCUCCGGAAAGCAAACGCAAAAGUCAAACUGCCAAAGCGGCUAACACAACCACAAUCACGUUAGGAGUCAGAUUGGUAGGAAUGCAGGUAUACAACAAGGAAGAAAAUUGUUAUGUUUGCAAGAACAAGUAUUAUGGGCGCCAGCUUUCAGAAGAUGGCUUCAAACAGACUUUAUGGCAAUUUCUACAUAAUGGUCGAAGACUUCGUUUAGAUAUAUUGGAAAUUAUUAUUAGCAAGUUAGAAGAAUUACAUACUAUUAUAUCUAAACUUGACUCAGUUCGUUUCUUUACUUCUUCGUUAUUAAUCCUUUAUGAUGGAAAUGAUCCUUGUCAUUUAAAGCCCCAUCAGCGUGAAAGUGAAAGAGAGAAGGAUAACAAAACUCCAGAUAACGCAAGAGUAAAGACAUGGACGGAGACACGGCAAGAUGACAGCACAACCCACCGUGAAAGUUGGCCAUCCAAGGAGGCCACGGCAUCAUCCCUAAGUGCCAAACACCCAGCAUAUAUGCGAGAAACACUGAUGACUGGGGGUGGGAAGGCGCCAAGAGAACAGAUCAGCAGAAGCGAAGGAGAACCUCCAUACAAGGCAAAAGGUCGGCACAGACACAGGGAGUGCAAACCACGCGUCGACAUCCGUCUCAUAGAUUUUGCUCAUGCUACUCAUAAGGGUAUGGGUGAUGCAAAAAGGUACCAUGGCCCAGAUGAUGGAAUCAUGUUAGGGCUAGAUAGUCUCAUCAAGAUAUUUCAUGACAUUAGAGAAAAAUUUGAUCAUUGACAUAAAUCUUCAUGGAUCUACUUAUCUUAGGUCUCUCACAGGUGUUCUUGUCUAUGUUAGACAUCAUUACAUCACACUUCAGAUUCAUAACAUCAUGAGUGUAUUGUGUAUGCAAAUGUAGUUAUGACUAUUAUUCCAUGUCAGAAAGAUGUAAAUAGGUUAUCACUGAUUCUGUAUUCCAUUGAAAGAGUAUAGAUUUAGCAGCCAGUGUUUCUUGGCCUGUAAAGUUUAUACUGAGUUUAAUGGUAAAAAAUCUCAUCUUUUGCAAAUGUUUGGCUGUUCAGAAGAGGAACAGUGCUGUGCCAAAUCAUCAUCUGUCCUUGCAUAUGUGUGUGUCGGGAAGGGAUCAGUUGAUAGGCGACGGAAGUCUUAAAAUUAUUCAGCAGGUUUGUUCUAUCGUCUCAUUUUCAUAUCCUAUAGUAAUGGCUUUAAGAAAGUAAAAUAUUCACUGGUUUAUAGGUUUAGUGAUGAGUCAUUAUUUAUAUUUUAAUUUGGUUGUGUUUUUUUUUUUCUUUUUUUUCUUUCUAAUUCAGAUCAUCUCUGGUUUGAAACAGAGGAGCAUCCUUUUUCUUUUUUUCUUUCUUUUUCUUCUUUUUUUUUUUUUUCUUUUUUACCUCAGUAUGUUAAGGAAGAAUGUUUUGAAGAUUUAUAAAAUCAAACAUAUAAAUAUUCAUUUCUUUUUAUUUUCCAUAUAAUGCCAGUUUUAUGAAACAUUCAUCUUGAAAAAAUCACAGAAAAGAAAAUUACAGGAGUAGCAAUAUUCAUGUGAAAAAUUUACGAACAUACAAAUAAUGCUUGAAUGUGCAUCUAUAUGUGUAUCACAUAAAAUAUAAAAGUAUGUAUGGUUACAUGUGUACAUAUAUUUUGUAUAUACAGUAUGUGUAAUACAGAUACUGAUGGAUUUCAUUACAUAGUGGACAUUUCAGUGCAAAAACAAGUAUCUAUACAUAACAUGCACAUAUAAUUUAACAUGCAGACACAAAAACACAUGUAUACACAUGUGGACACACAAUCACAGCUUCUUCAUUUAUAGAUAAGACUAUCACACAUAUGUAUAUCUAUGUACAUGAAAGAACUUGUAUAGAAUAUGUAUGUAAUGGAAGGUGAACUAGCCAGGUUAUAUCAGCACACAUAUGCUUUUCCAUAUUACAUUGCUUGUAUACCAGAAGGUGGUGAUUUUAGACAUUCAGGUAAUGUAUUUGUAAAUUACAUGUGAAUGGAGAUGGUGAUAAGAAAGUCUUCAAAUACUGUGUGAGAUUUACUGUUAGUGCACUUACAGAUGGUAAUGAAUUAAUACCAUGAGAUGCAUAUUU